AGCUUUACAACUUUAAUUCCCCCUAACAUCAGUUUUAUAAAUGAACAAUGUGAGACGAUGGUGGUCCUGAGAGAGGGGAUGUGUCCUGGACUGGAUGACGGUUUAAUCCGCGACCUGCGAGCUGCUGACAUUAAAACAGUUGAGGAUCUGGUCUCAUCUGACAUUGAAGAACUGGCUCAGAGAUGCUCCGUGUCCUACAAGGCUCUGUUUGCCAUCCGUCGAGUGCUGUUGGCCCAGCACACAGCGUUCCCGGUGUCAGGAGCUGAUCUGUAUGAAGAACUAUUGAGCUCAACAGCCAUCCUCUCCACUGGAAAUCCCAGCUUAGAUAAACUGCUGGAUUCAGGCGUUUAUACUGGAGAGAUAACAGAGCUGUCGGGAGGACCAGGAAGUGGAAAAUCUCAGGUGUGUUUCGCUGUCGCCGCGCACAUUUCCUUCCACCUGAAACAGAGUGUGAUAUUCAUCGACACGACGGGAGGAUUCUGCGCCGGCCGCUUGCUCCAAAUGCUACAAACUGAAACGAGUAACACUCAGGAGCAGAUGGAAGCUCUGCAGAGGAUCCACGUCUCCCGCUUGUUUGAUGUCUACGCUUUGCUCGACUGUCUGUACGGUCUUCGCGGUGGCGGUCUCCAGCAGACGUCCGUCGGCGGUGGAUCUGUCAAGGCGGUGAUCGUGGACUCGGUGUCGGCUGUUAUCUCGCCUCUACUGGGAGGCAAACAGAACGAAGGCAUGUCCUUGAUGAUACAAGUGGCAGGAGUUCUGAAGACGAUGGCGAAGGACUUCAAUAUCGCCGCUUUGGUCACUAACCAUGUCACGAGGAGCGCCAGCGGGGAGGUGCAGCCGGGCCUCGGCGCGUCCUGGAGUCACAUCCCCAGAACCAGAAUCCUGCUGGAGCGGGUGGAGAAGUCUGCGGUGUUCAGCCCCUCAGGCCUGCGCUCUGCGACCCUGAUCAAGUCCUCCAGACAGCCGUGUCCCAUCAAAGAGGAGUUAAACCUGCGGUGGUGGAGCCGCUCACAAGAAGCUUCGUCGUCAGGGAAGAGAAAACUGGAUGAGACUGAUCCCUGAUCCUCUGCCCUAAAUGUCUCAUCACAGGGAGGAACGACGCGCCUCUUGCGGAUGCACUCCCAGAUCCAGCUGGGCGAGACUUUGUGAGCCUGGCUGUCCUCGGCGGGUUCGGCCGCCAGUGUGUGCGUGGCCGAGGCGGCGUCGUAGUCGGCGACCAGGUCUCCGUC